UUGUUUAUUUUGAUUUAUUUUUCUAUGAUAAUAGAAACUAUGGCUCAAAAGAUUCCAAAUAUUUCCCGACUUUCGGCUUCAAUAAUUCGAGUCUUAGGAUGUAAUCCUGGGCCAAUGACAUUACAAGGCACAAAUACAUAUCUACUUGGAACUGGCAAAAAACGAAUUCUUAUCGAUACUGGUGAUGAAGCUGUUCCCGAAUAUGUAAAGAAUUUAAAAUCAGUUUUAGACGAAGAAAAAGCUACCAUAAGCACAGUUAUAUUAACACACUGGCAUCAUGAUCAUGUUGGUGGAGUAAAAGACGUUUUGAAACUAUCACGACCAGUGUGUGACAUUUGGAAGUUUCCAAGAACUGACGCCGUCGACAUUUGUCCAGAAAUUCCAGAAGAUGUCAAAGUACACAAACUCACUAAUGGACAAGAGUUUUCUGUUGAGGGAGCUAGUGUGAAAAUUGUCCAUACACCUGGGCACACAACUGACCAUGUAAUACUUACAAAUCAAGAAGGUGCUGUUUUUAGUGGCGAUUGUAUAUUAGGUGAGGGAACUGCAGUUUUUGAAGAUCUAUACGACUACAUGAAGAGUUUGGAUCAUAUUUUAAAAAUCAAACCGUCCAUAAUAUAUCCUGGACAUGGAAAUAUUAUUGAAGAUCCAAUUGACAGAAUUGAAUACUACAUAAACCAUCGUAACCAAAGAGAAGCACAAAUCAUAAAGUUCUUCCAGGACGGAGCUCCAAACGAUUACACGACUAUGGAUGUUGUAAAAACUGUUUAUAAGGAAACUCCAGAGAAACUUUGGCCAGCAGCAGCUUACAACGUCGGACAUCACGUACAGAAACUAAAAAAAGACAAUAUCCUCGAGAUAGUUGGUGCCGAAGAUGUUGAUGAUACCGAAAUCCGUUGGAGGAUAAAAUCGAAAUGAAAAUGAUCAAGGACAAAUAAAGUUUAACAUGUUUUUUUUUUUAUUUCUUAACAA